GUGGCUCUGAACAAUGUCUAAUAGACAGUGCCACAACGCACACCAUUUUGAGACAUAGAGAUUAUUUUUCUCAUAUGACAUUAGUUGAUGCUAAUGUCAAUACAAUCUCAGGUGUUGCUAAACUCAUUGAAGGUUCUGGAAUAGCCUGUGUGAUUCUCCCAAAAGGGACAAAAUUAAUAAUUAAAGACGCUUUAUACUCCAGUAAAUCACGGAGAAAUCUUUUGAGCUUUAAAGAUUUGCGUCUAAAUGGUUUUCAUAUUGAAACCAUGUCUGAAAAUCAGAAGGAAUAUUUAUGUCUAACGACAAAUAGAUCUGGCAAUAAAUACAUUUCUGAAAAAAUGCCAGCAUAUUCCUCGGGACUGUAUUAUACAUAUAUCAGUCCAAUUGAGAUAAAUGUGGUAUCUAAAAUUUAUGACCACAAUUCCUUUAUCUUGUGGCAUGACCGUUUAGGUCAUCCAGGCAGCACUAUGAUGCACAAAAUUAUUGAAAAUUCACGUGGACAUUCAUUAACUAAUGUCAAGAUUCCACAAUCAAGUGAUUUUCCGUGCACUGCCUGUUCUCUUGGCAAAUUAAUUAUCAGGCCAUCUUUAUACAAAAUUGGAGUUGAAUCUCCUGCAUUUUUAGAAAGAAUUCAAGGAGAUAUUUGUGGGCCAAUUACCCCUCCGUGUGGACCGUUUCGAUAUUUUAUGGUGCUCAUUGAUGCAUCAACACGUUGGUCACAUGUCAGUCUUUUAUCGACUAGAAAUUUUGCAUUUGCAAAUCUCCUUGCUCAAAUUAUUCGUUUGAGAUCACAAUUUCCGGAUUAUUCGAUAAAGAAAAUCCGACUUGAUAAUGCAGGAGAAUUUACAUCCCAAUCUUUUAAUGACUAUUGCAUGUCAAUUGGGAUUGAUGUGGAACAUCCAGUUCCACAUGUACAUACACAAAAUGGUCUUGCUGAAUCCUUAAUUAAGCGAUUACAAUUAAUUGCUAGACCAUUAUUGAUGAAAUCCAGAUUACCAUCAUCUGCAUGGGGAUAUGCUAUAAUGCAUGCUGCAAAUUUAAUUCGGCUUAGGCCAACGACAUAUCAUAAAUUUUCCCCAUUACAAUUAAUAUCUGGUAAAGAACCAAAUAUAUCACACCUAAAAAUAUUUGGUUGUUCUGUGUAUGUACCAAUUGCUCCACCUUAGAGUACUAAAAUGGGUCCUCAAAGAAGGCUGGGAAUUUAUGUUGGUUUUAAAUCACCCUCAAUUAUUAAUUAUCUAGAACCUAUGACCGGUGACUUAUUCACCGCGCGGUUCGAUGACUGUCAUUUUGAUGAGACAGUAUUCCCAGCCUUAGGGGGAGAUAUUAAAGAAAUGGACCCACGUACGAAAGAUAUUACUUGGAAUGCAACAAAUUUAUCUUUUCUUGAUUCUCGCACAAAUGCUUGUGAACAAGAAAUUCAAAAGAUUAUUCAUUUACAAAAUGUUGCAAACCAAUUGCCUGAUGCUUUCACAGACUCAAAGAAAGUAACAAAGUCACAUGUUCCAGCUAUGAAUGCUCCUUCUCGAAUAGAAAUUCCUGCGGAGAUUAGCGAAAGAACACUUGCUAAUGAAUCUAUGAUACGUAAAAAACGUGGUAGACCACUUGGUUCAAGAGAUUUGAAACCAAGAAAAUUUAAACAGCAAGUUGUAGUUUGUGAUGCCAAAGAAGUUCAACCUUCUCAAGAAGAAAAUGAACAUUUUGAAAAUAUCGGCCUUGAAGAUAACAUCAAUAAUAAUGAUACCUCAAAAGAGGAUCCAAUCACCUUCGAAGAGGUAAAUAUUCCAGAUAAAGAUAGAAACGUCGAUAAUUUUGAAAUUUCAAUUAAUUACGUUUCUAAUGGAAUACAAUGGAAUAGAAAUGAUAUUGAUGUUAAUGAUAUAUUUUCAUAUGCCAUCGCCACAGAUAUAAUGAAUGAACACGAUGACAAUGAGCCUAAAUCUAUUGACGAAUGUCGUCGUAGAAAUGAUUGGCCAAAAUGGAAUGAAGCAAUUCAGGUAGAAUUAAAAUCGCUAGAAAAGCGUAAUGUUUUUGGACCAAUUGUCCAUACGCCAAAAGGCGUAAAACCUGUCGGUUUUAAAUGGGUUUUUGUGCGUAAACGCAACGAGAAAAAUGAAAUCGUUAGAUACAAAGCCCGACUUGUUGCCCAAGGUUUUUCUCAAAUGCCAGGAAUCGAUUAUGAUGAGACGUAUUCUCCAGUAGUUGAUGCUACAACUUUAAGAUAUUUAAUUGGCAUGUCUGUUUUUGAAAGGCUGCAAAUGCGCCUCAUGGAUGUGGUGACCGCAUAUUUAUACGGUUCACUCGAUACAGACAUAUAUAUGAGAAUUCCUGGAGGCUUUAAAAUACCUGAUGCUUAUAGCUCGAAAUCUCGAGAUUUAUUUUCCAUAAAAUUGCAAAAGUCAUUAUAUGGAUUAAAACAAUCUGGACGCAUGUGGUAUAACCGUCUCAGUGAAUAUUUGAUUAAAGAAGGGUAUAAAAAUGAUCCUAUUAGUCCAUGUGUUUUCAUUCAACGAUCCGAAUCAGGAUUCGCCAUAAUUGCAGUAUAUGUUGAUGAUUUGAAUAUAAUCGGAACUCCUAAUGAAAUUGAAAAUACUGCAAAAUAUCUCAUGAAAGAAUUUGAAAUGAAAGACCUUGGGAGAACAAAAUUUUGUCUCGGCAUUCAAAUUGAACAUUUGAGAAAUGGUAUUUUCAUCCACCAAUCAAAUUAUACCGAGAAACUUUUGAAGCGAUUUUACAUGGAUAAAGCACAUCCACUCAAUUCUCCAAUGGUGGUUCGAUCUCUCAAUGUGCAUGAUGAUCCUUUCCGACCUUGUGAAGAUGAUGAAGAAAUCCUUGGUCCCGAAAUACCAUAUUUGAGUGCUAUUGGAGCAUUAAUGUAUUUGGCUAAUAAUACUCGACCAGAUAUUGCUUUUUCUGUAAAUUUAUUAGCGAGGUACAAUUCUUCCCCAACAAGAAGGCAUUGGAAUGGUGUCAAACAUAUAUUCCGAUAUCUCAAUGGUACAAUCGAUCUUGUAUUGUAUUUCAAGAAUGGUGCAAAUGCCACUUUAAUUGGCUACGCGGAUGCAGGAUACUUGUCUGAUCCACAAAAGGCAAAAUCACAAACAGGAUAUUUAUUCACCUAUGGUGAUACCGCUAUAUCAUGGAGAUCAAUGAAGCAAACAUUAACUGCAACAUCAUCAAAUCAUGCAGAAUUAAUUGCUCUUUAUGAAGCAGGUCGUGAGUGUGUCUGGUUGAGAUCAAUGAUCCAGCACAUACAAAAUGAAUGCGGUAUAAAAUCUUUUACUUCUAAUCCUACUGUGAUUUAUGAAGAUAAUACAGCAUGUAUAGCUCAGAUCAAAGGAGGUUACAUCAAAGGGGACAGAACAAAGCAUAUAGCACCAAAACUUUUCUCCACACAUGAUCUUGAGAAAGACGGAACGGUUGAUGUCAAACAAAUCAAGUCAUGCGACAACCCUGCUGAUUUGUUCACAAAGUCAUUGGCACCGAAGAAAUUUGAAGAACUGGUCCAUAAAAUUGGAAUGUAUCGUCUUCGAGAUAUAUGUUAAAUUGAGGGGGAGUAAUAUAAUGCACUGCACUCUUUUUCCCUUCGUCAAGUUUUUAUCCCACUAGGUUUUUCUUGACAAAGGUUUUUAACGAGACAGUACAUUAUAAUACUAUGAAUCUAAUACCCCAGAAUAAUUAGAAGAUGACCAUUCAAGGGGGAGUGUUGAAAUAUAAUUGAAUUAGUCAUCUUCCAACUAUUCCUGAUUAGGAAUUAUUAUCACCAUUACAUAAAUAAUCAGGAAAUCAUAAUUAUGAUUCUAGAUGAUAAUUGUGUGGUUCACAAUUAUCCUCUAAUCCUAUGAAGCUUAAUUUUUCUCCUAUAAAUAGGAGGCUUCUCCAUUGUAAUUAACACACCAUGGUUACACCAUUAUCACACUCUCAAUAAUAUAAUCUAUCACUAAGUGUUCAUACUAUAUUUCUCUCCCUGAUCUUCUGCUUAUUUCCUUCCAUAUUAUAACAAUUAUUGUAUAUUUUACUCCCUAUAUUUUAAUUAUGCAAAAACACAGUCUCAAUGAGAAAUAUUUCCCUAGUCUUAUCUUCUUUUAUCCAUCAUAUCCACCAUUCGUAACACAAACUCAAAGCAUAGAGCAGAAACAGAGGAGCCCGAGAAGAUCAGAAAUUCUAAUGAUGGCGUCCUAUUUUCCCAUUCAGAAUCCGUGCUUUAAGUCUUUUGGUUUCUUUGACUUCCGCUUCAACAACGUUUCUUCUCGUUCGUGCAACAGUCUCCUAAUGCCCAGGUA